AGGAAGGUUUUUAACGAGGCCACAAGUUUACUUUCACAUCUCCUAGAUGAUGAUCCCGGACCAACCACAUUAUCUAUCUUAUGUUAUUUUUAUCAUAUGUUUUAUGUUUUGAAUAAUAUCGAAAACUUGGUCUUUGUUUAGUUUCCAAGGGAGCCUGUUCCCUUUAUUUUUAUUUCUAUUUUCGAGACCUUGUGCAUGUACAAGGGCCUCUCUUUAUAUUCUGGUCGUGACCCCCCUUUAUCAUUAAGCAAUCUUUUAUCAAAAACCCUUUUCUCUCUUCUCUCUUGUCUUGGACGAGUUGAAGUGUGUCUGGUGUGUAAUAUCCAGUCUGUUGGUGUGUAAUAUCCAACGCCCAAGGGCUUUAGAGAGGUGUGUCAUAUCCGAUCUAAGCCUAGGAGUAUCAAGAAGCCUUUCCGCAGCCUCUUGUGUCACCAUUCGAUUCACAUACCUUGAGAAGCUUGAGUCUUUUGAUUCGUUUCUGCAAGGAUUAUCCCAUCUGUUCCAGAGCAUCAUCCUAGGAUCUCAUCAAGUGGUAUCAGAGCAUCUCUGGAAGGGAAGUGUUUGUCUAUUUCUCUGAUUUCGUUUUUGUGUUUAGACUUUUCAUAUUCUUGCAGAGAAAUCAGAUCUAUGUUUACUUGUGUAAAAUCUGUGUGAUCUGUUUCUGUUUGAGUGAUAUCAAUCUAUUUCGAUCUGUUCUUUACAUCAUAGAUCAGUGAUUGUUAAAUAUCAUAUCAUCAUCUGUUGAUUCUGAUCUGUUUUGUUUAAAUUUCGAAAUUGAUCUGAGAAGUUUAGAUUUUAAUUUCAGUUUGAAAUCUGUUUCUGUUCUUGUUGAAUCUGAUUUCGAAUCUGCUUGUGUUUGGGUUUAUUAUUUUUGUUUUGGUCUGUUAAGAGUAAGAAUAAUCAGGCUGGGAUAAAAAUUAAUCAGAAUUGUUUAAGGUUUUAAGUUUCGAUUUGAAUAUGUUUCUGGUUUGCAAAUUGAAUUGUUGUGAACUGCUUACUGGCUGAGUUUUUUUCUCUUGUCUCAGGUACCAUGGCAGGAGAUCAGAAAGGAGAAUUCUCUAAGGAUUAUAUCAAGGGCAAUAUCAGAAACAACUUUGCUGAUCAAAAGCUGAAAAUCCCUCUUUUCUUUGGAGAUCCUGACCCUGCUGCAUAUGUGAAGUGGGAAGAGAAGAUAGAACUGUUUUUCAGUUGUCAACACUAUGCUGAAAGAAAGAAGGUUCAGAUGGCUACUGCUGAGUUUUGUAGUUAUGCUUCAAGCUGGUGGAAUCACUUGAUAAGGAUCAGAAGACUUAGAGGAAAAGAAUCUGUGGAAACAUGGCAUAAACUGAGGACUUUGAUGCGCAGAGAGUUUAUUCCAAGACAGUACCACAAGGAAGUAAUUCGAAAACAGUCUGAGAUAAAGACAUGCUCUGCAAACUCAGUUCAGAAACAACAAGGCAACCUGAGAUCAAGUCCAACCAGUGUCAUUAGUUUAUCUAGCAAAAAAACAAGCCGGACCAGUAAGGAGGACAUCAAGGAGCUGUCUCAGUUGAGCAUGGACGUGGGGAAACCACUGAAGCCAACCAACACAACACGUCCAUUCAUUGAAGCACAUAAUCAAGAACCUUUUCUAUUCCUUAGCCAAGAAACCCAAGAGCUUGAGGAUGAACGUGGGAACAACACUUAUGAGGAGAAAGAAGUCUCAGAUUCUUCACACUGCUUGAAAGACCAUGAAGAAACAAAUCUGCUGAGAAAUUAUGAGUGUUCUCAUCACUCCUUUCAUUCUGAUUUCUUGCUUGAAAAUACACAAGCUUGUGAUGAACUAACAUGUCUAGAACCGGUGCAACCGAGUAGUGUUUUAUCUUUGACACAGCUUGCAGAAAAAGACUCAUCAGAGAAAGAACCAGAGCAAUCAACACAAGGAGAAGAGUUAGAACAGCAGAAAAACUUGCAGUCUGAAACAGCUCAUGAAUCCUUGUCUUAUGACCUGCAAGAGCACUAUCAAGGAUUCACUGGAGAAAAUGGUGAAGUGAUUACUGGUUCAGGAGAAGAACUCACGUUUUCUUCUCAAAUCAAGGAGAAACCACCAGAUCAACAUAGCUUACAACAAACUCCAAAGCAACCAACCCGAGGUCAAACUGUGUUGAGCUCUACACUUUUCGAAAAGAGGGCCUAUAGUUAUCAGAGUAUCAAUGAUGAGUCAUUGGCUAAGUUGGAGACACAACAAGCAAACCUUGGAAGCUGUCUAGCAGCCAGUCUUGGCAUAGGAGCAGUCCGAGGAUCAUAUCUCAAUCACCACAAGGAAUUAAUCAGCAAAAUCGACUGCCAUGGAAACUUAACUCAUCAGGGUCUCACGUCGAAUUGGAAUCAUGUCCAAAGCUUCUCCGAUGAAAGAGUUAUGGGUUCUACAAGUCGGAUGAUCCUCUGUGUGCUUUGUUUGAAUUUUUCUGAGUUCAAAACAUCUCAAUCCUAUCUAUGGCGACCAGGUGAGCAUCCUAAGGUAAUUGAUCAUGUCUUCAAGAAUUAUUUUUGUAUUGUUUACACAGAUAUGAUGCACUUGUCUUUGUCAAAAGAGCCAUGUGCAGAUUAUGAUGAAACCUUGAAGCAUACAAGAAGAAACUACAAGCGUGAGGAAGACAAGAGAUUCAAACCACCUGAUCUGGACCAGGAUAAGCACAAAGGCGUCCCUAGCUUCGUCCUCAUCAAAAAAGCACCCCCAGAUGCAGCCUACCAUCCAAAACCGAGCAAAAACCUCUUUGGGAUAAGACUCUUACUCUUUGAUAAAUCUUCAUAUACUAACUUGCUUUAUUUAAUUGUUUGUGAAUCAGGUUUGAGGAAUGCAUCAGGAGUAUGGAGAGCCCAACAUAAAACAGAUUUGAGGUCAAAUCCUUUUGAAGAGGGAGGGGAUGAUGUGAUCAUGGACCAGCUUGUAGAUGAAGAUGCCCUAGCCAUUCCUGAAGGUCCCAACACUUGUUCCAGAUCAAAGAAACUCAAUGAAGCUGAUGGAGGAAUACUCAAGAUGUCAAGGAAGCAAGAAGAUUGUCUUGGUUGCAGCUUGAUCAACCCAGACACACUCACCACAAAUCAAGCUACUCCACCUUCAAGCUGAUCAUCAUCUAGGCAAGUAGCUUGUGUGUGCUCUUUUCCUAACCUUUGGUUUUGUCCCACUGGGUUUUCCAAAGGAAGGUUUUUAACGAGGCCACAAGUUUACUUUCACAUCUCCUAGAUGAUGAUCCCGGACCAACCACAUUAUCUAUCUUAUGUUAUUUUUAUCAUAUGUUUUAUGUUUUGAAUAAU